AAAAGUAGCUACUCGAACAGUUCUGUAUUGAGCGCAUCAUCAAUGGCAGCAGCAGCAAAAAUGAACAUGCUAUCAUUUUCAAAUACAAUUUGAUAUACAUUUCACAUUUCAAAGGUCCCUUUUGCGUGGGAACCAGUGUUCUUGCGCAAAUCAUCUCCAGAUCAUGCGGUAUUACAAGUCGCACGGAAUUGUCUUAAACUGCGCACGAAAAGACUGUUAAUCCACCCUCAGCGGCCUUUGACGCACUAAUCAAGCAGUGAAUCCCCGGUCACAGUUUGGAAUUAUGGCUGUACUCUGUUUUGUUUGAAAGCAAGUUAUUGCUGUUUUCGCCAUCGGAAAGCCACGUGUAGUUUGUUAUUGUUUUUCCUCAGGCGAAUAUUAUCCAAAACAAAGCAAGCGCAUUCUGCGUUUCAGCAGUUUGCAUCUGUGUAAUACGCCAGUCACACGACAAGAAAAAGGCCUUUUCGUUUGAAGUGUGUAGCGAGGUAGCUCCUUUGUACCUUGCAUUCUAUGCCCCCAACGAGUUCGUACAUAAACAACAAUAAUGUCUUUGGUAGCCUACGGGAGCAGUGAUGACAGCGAUUCAGAGGAAACUUCAACAUCUGGUAGCAAGUCUGCAGGUCUUUUCGCCCUUCUCCCCUCUCCCAAAAAGUCUAUAUCUGGACCACCAAACAGAGAUGCAUCAACACACUCCUCUGCGAUAAGGAGCACUUUGUCCAACGACGAUGCUGCCGAGAACACACCGGCCCGGUCUCAAACACUGAAAGGAGGGCUGCUUUUUGACUUGCCUAAACCGAAGAAGCGAACAGAGCCUGUGAAAAUCACCAUACCACAACUUAAUAAAGAUUCAGAUUCAGAUGAAGACGAACCAGCCAGGAAGAGAGCGGUGCCCCAGGGGUUAGGCCUCUCCUCUCUCUUACCGCAACCUAGAAACAUGACCAUAAAGGAGACCGGCAGGUCCCUGGUGCCACACACCCUCACCAAGCGCCCCGACCCUAAGGCCUCCAAGCCCACCAAGCCCUCCGUCACCCAGGGCCUCUCCAACUCCAGCGCCUCCCCUUCUGCCAUUAAGGCCGCAGCCAAGUCUGCCGCCCUGCAGCUAGCCAAGCAGAUGGCCGCGGACGACCAGGAAAGCGACGAGGAACUCUCCCCAGAGAACUACUUCUCCCUGGGGGACAACUCACUGCCUCUCCCCGCCGUGGAUCCCAGCUUGGAUCCAGAACCCGGAGCCCCUUCGGCUCUACUACCUAAUCCGGCGGCGGCGGAGACCGGAUCCUUCCAGUCCGACGCUCCCCUGGAGUUUGGGCCGGGCGGCGAGGAGGCAUCUGGGAGCGUGUGGGUGGGUCAGCAGCAUGCACCGCUACAUCCUCAGUACCUGGAGCCCUCUGUUGAACCUGCGCCGGAGCCCCUCCCACAGGGUUACUACAAUGAGGCAUACUACCAGAGCCCUGAUCCGUCAUUGGCUGAGGCAGACGAGCCUGGCUCCUCCGGCCUCUUCGAUGAUGAAGCGUUCCGGAGGCUGCAGGGGAAGAGGAACAGGGGCAAGGAGGAGGUGAAGUUCCUGGAGAUCAAAGGAGACGACCAGCUGAGUGGCAACCAGCAGUGGAUGGCGAAGAGCAUCACUGAGGAGAAGCAGGAGCGCAAGUCUUUCAGCAAGAAAAAAGGAGACCAGCCCACAGGACAGCAACGCCGCAAGCACCAGAUCACAUAUCUGAUCCAUCAGGCUAAGGAACGGGAGCUGGAACUGAAGAACAACUGGGCAGAAAACAAGCUGACCCGUCGGCAAACACAGGCUAAAUACGGCUUCUAACCCCGGAACUCCUCCUGGCAUGCAGAAUCCUCCCCUCCAUGAUUUAGGAUAGCGCAAUCCAAAGCAAGAGUCCCUCAUCUUUGAGGAAGUACUGUAACCUGGCGACCAUAACCUAGCGACAGAAGAUCCCUGUCCUGCCCACUCCAUAUCUUCCUGGAUACCCUCAACAUAAUACUUCCCUCCUCUUACCCCGUAUUGGUUGACCUCAGAUUUGUGUUACUUCCAACCUUGUUGAUUUAUACUAGUUUUGGUGGACUGUUUUUGUAUCGUGUGGGUCCUGUAGGGAAUGCAGAGUCUACACUGUGAAUGAGCUGCUCACAGUUGUCACUAAAUUGGCUUUUUUUGGAAAUCGUUGUUAGAUGCACUUCACCAUGUCUGUGGUUUGACCAGGUGAGGAAUAUAUAAAUACCCAGCAUAUUUCACUUGGUGCUGGACAAGACAUUGGAAUUUCCAACUAAAAGUAGUGAACAUUUAAAUAAAAAGAACAUUUGUGCAACCAUUCUUUCUUGGGAUAUCCAGUACAUCUUUGAUAAUGGUUCAGCUUUUUAACUUCCUACGAAGUUGGACCUGGUACAAUUGGUUAAUGCUUGUUGGACAUCCUUUUUGUAGAAUAGAGUGGGCUAUGACAUCUAUACAAAGCCAGGAAUUUCCCUCCAGACUGAUUGAGGUUUAAUGAAACCGUGAAUAAGGUGUGUGAUCCGGAGGAACACUGCCUUUGUCUCUCUGGUUAUGGAUACCCUGGCUCAGAAAAAGGAAUGUGGAUUUCCAGGAUUUAUUUUACAUUUACCAUCCUCUGGUCGAGACUUUCCAAAUGGCUUCUGAGCAACGUAUUAUAUUUGGAUCUAAAUUAGUUCUAGUCUGCUGUUUUGUAAACAAGUGGACAUAAUCAAUGUUGUGUGUCCUUGUUCUGUCACAGACAGAAUCUAAUCUUAGUAGGAAGUCAGUUGGCUUCCAACCAGUGUAUAGUUAUGUGAAACAUGACUUCAAAAUGGCACCUGUCCAAUCCUUGAAGAUGGUUGAAGCCCUAUAAAAAUAUUUUUAAGUGUUUCAAGGAUAGCUUCCUUAAGUGGAUGCAAUUAAAGCCAGCAGACAACAAAGUCUUAGGAUCAUGGUGUCACUGACAGCAGCUUCUUAGACAUCCUUCAUUAUCUGGUUUCCAGGAGAACUUAAGCGGAGAAACCUACUCGAGAUCUUUCGACAUAAAACAUUUACUAAGUUGAUAAGUGUUUUAGAUAUGUAAGAAUUUGCAGUGUUAUUAGAUUGGCAAAAACAAAAUACUAUCCAAGUAAACUACUCUUGAGUUUUACCCUACACUGUGUAUUUGUUUUGUGGGUGUGAUGUUUAAAUUGAAAUAAAAAUGUAAUUUCUGCUCUAAUCAUUAAAAGCUCUUUUGUAAUUA